GUCAAUACCUCGUUUUUAAAUCAAUAACAGCUCGCCAGGCCCUGCAAGGUAAUGUUAGAUAGCUCGUGGAUAGUGAAGCAUUAAGUUAGCCAGUGAUAUCCGUUUGCCUAAAGGUUUUGUCAAUUAUCAACUCGAUGUAUCGAAUUGCGGGGAGGUGAUGCUAACUGCCGGACAAAUAGAUGAGAGCAGAAAAACAAUAGGUCCAUAUUGAUGCUGUACUGCGUCAUUUCUGCCCAAAGGAAAAUUCCUCUGAUAUGUACACCGUCUGGGGCUGUGCCCAUCGAUUUGUAGUAUUCAAAGAGAUAGAGCUCGUGCUCGCUCCAUCUUAAGCUUCGGUGGCCCGACUAAAGCAAUUAUUUCAUCUUGUUCCAAGACACUUGAAAAGGAUUUCGCUGCGUAAUAUGAUGGAUUGCUCCGACGCGGUGAUAACACUGCCUGCGCUCGGUCAGGAUGUUCAGCUCGGCAUGCUAUACGACGUACGGGAUGCGCAGCUCUUCGCUGGGCUGUCGUUGUGGGACGACAAAGUCGUCAACGCGCAUCAGGAGCUUGAAGAUCACAAAGUGCAGAACGCCGGCUUUAUCUACUCGACUUCCCUCGAUGAGUCCCGCAGUAACGCGGCUCUCGAUGUCGAAGGCUCACUCAGUCUAGAUCUCGGUAUCGUUAAAGCCACAGGUCCGGCCAAAUAUCUUAACGAUAAUAAGUCUAGCAGGUUUGAGGCACGGGUAGAUAGCUCUUGUACCAUCGUCCGUUGCACGCGUCGUAUCUCGCAGGAGACCCUAUCAUCUAUGAAGUACGAGCGCAACCUUGAUAACCCUCGUUUCACACACUUUGUCGCAGAGGUGGUUGAAGGCGGAUCCGCGACGCUCAGUUUCGUUCAGUCCUGUUCCUCGUCCGAGGAAGCGACCAAAGUUUCUGGAGAGCUCAAGGUGGAAAUCCUAAAAAUCCCAGUCAGUAGCAGUGCCAAGGUCGACUACUCAAAUGAGAGCAAAUUCAUCUUCGACAAUGUCAAUAUCUCCUACAGUGGUGCAAUGACAGAGAACGUCUCCAACAUUGAGGAUGCUCGCCGCGUUAGUCGUGAGAUGCCGGCAAAACUAGCACUACAGCUAAAUACGAUUUCUUACAAGCUUCUACCGCUCUCAGUCCUUGAUAACAAGGUGAACCGCAUGAUCCGUAAGCUCGAUGACAACCUUGUUGCCAAGACAGCUGCUGCGCUCAAGGCUGGCACUAUGGUACGACUUGAGCUAAAGAAUGUCGUGGAGCAAGAUGUAUUUCGAAAAUGGUUUCCUGCGAUUAGGCAGCAGAUCUCAAACAUCCAAACUGCCUUUACUGCAGGAGAAACGGAAUUUACACAGGCUGCACGACGCCUUUUGCCAGAGUUACGAGAUGGUACCACUGACCACAGGACCAAGAUGAAGGAGCUCAGUGAUGCAAUUGCUCUAUUCGAGCAGCGUACUAGCAUUGCGGAACAGUUUGUAGCCAACAAGUUCAAGGAGGCGAGCACCCUCCGUACAACUGUCGCUUCGCUACUGGCCGACGGUUUCGAGGAUCAUUUGAGUGGGUUGCCACCUCAAUCAUUAACUGAUACAGGAGCGCCGAGGCUUCUGCUGUCAUUCGGUGGCAAAAGAAUCAACCGUCCUCGGCACCCACUCCAAAGCAAGAUUGAAUCGUCCGGGAUCAAUGCUGUCGGAGACGAUGAUCCGGAUGACGACGAGGACGACGAAGAUGAUUGCGAGUGGUUCGACGACCAACAGAUUGUCUCCAACCUAGGAAAUGCAUGCGUGGAUCUGCGCCAGCAGCGUGUUCUAGCCCUUCCGGGCGUCGUCUUCGGAGUGGCGAGUAUCGACAGGGCAUACCGCCCAGGCACAUCAAAGCGCACAAGGACCAACAUCGGCGAUAUCGUGCUUGAUUAUAAAAGAAAGCUUCUCAUUGUUACCAGCAUGCUUCCUAAGGUCCCAACAGCUCCAACGCUGACGACCAAAGGCCAAACUAUCACCGCGGCCUGGUCCGAGGAACGUAGCGACGAUGAGCGGCUAGCCAUCCCGACAACCGGCUUGGUUAUUCGCUCCCGCCCACGGCCCAACCCGUUACAAGAUGGUCCCUUUCCUCACGCGACAUCGAACGAGGCUUUCACGGAAGUCCACUGCAAGGCUUCCGAGACAACUGUGUUGAUCGACAGGGGCAUCAACGACUCCCCUUUAUUUGAUGAUUGUGACUAUGAGGUCAUGCUCUGUGUCGAGACGAUCGUAGGGCUUUCGAACUGGAGCGAGCCUGUGGUGUGCCGCACGCCUAAGCUCCCUUCCACAGCUUCUAAAAUUAUCGACUUUUACCGGAGAAAAAGCACCGAGCUUUCGAAAGGCGCCGAGGAUUCGAGACCAUGGGAUUUUGACAAAUCUGGUAGCAGGAAGACCCUCUUUAUAGGUCAUAGAACUAAAGCUGUCCGUACUUGUACCGAUAGCCGCUUCAAGGGGGAGGUUGCCGUGCGCAUCGUUGAUGUCGCCGCAGAAUUCGAGCCUAACAUCCCUGCUGCAGACAUUGGAGACCAGGACAAAACUAUGGUGGCCGUCUUCGCGGGCAGCAGUGGUCAUGGCAAGAGCACUGAAAUCAACGCUUUUAUCUCGUACCUGCUUGGCAGCGAUCCUAGCGACCCUGCGCGCCUCAUGGUCAUUGACGACCGUGGUGCUAAGCAAUCACAAUCGGUAACUCAAUACGUCACUUGCUACCGUAUCAGGCCGCUUUCUCCCCUCUUCGAGGGCAAGACGUUGCUCAUCGUUGACACGCCCGGGUAUGGGGACUCAAGGGGCAUCGAACGUGAUGCUUUCGUCACGGCUGCGAUGUCUGACUUUUUCCGGACCAUUGAGCACGUCAAUGCUAUAAUCUUCACGUGCCGCGCGAAUGAGGCUCGCUCCACCUUCCUCAGCCCCAUCGCAACAUAUGUUUUCUCGCUCUUUGCCAAGGACGUGAAGAGCUGUUUGCGCACCAUAUACACCUUCGCCGAUGCUGGAGCUCCGCUUGCACGCGCGGCACUUCGAGAACUGAAUUGGCCUGUGGAGAACGGCGAAGUGGAAGUGAACAAUGCUGCUUUUACGCUCGAAAUAGACGUCGGAAAUAAAAAUAAAGUCCGCGAGUGGUGGCUCAUGUCUGUUAGAGGCCAGUUCCGAUUGAUGCAGACGCUCCUACGCAGACCAGCUAUACUAACCGCUGCAAGCGCUAAAGUGACGCAAGACCGCCUUGAGCUCGAGCGCAAAUGUGUACAGGUCGAGAAGAAGAUUCUCCGUACAGCUAAUGAUGCCCAGGUUCUCAUCGCAAACCUGGGUGCUCUUGCCAACGCUAUUGGAGCCGCCCCGACCACUAAAAUCCUUGUUGAAGAGGAUAGGUCGGUCCAGAAACCGGUGCGGGACGGCACGGCGACUACACUUUGCCUUAAGUGUAAUCAUACGUGCCACGAAGAAUGUGUGUUUUCUGACGAUAAAGAUAAGAAAAACUGCACAGCGAUGACUGACGGCAACUGUGACGAAUGCAAAGGACAUUGCCACUGGACCGAUCACAAAAAUGCCCAAUUCAUUAUCGUGACCGAAAAGCACAAGGAGUAUGUUGUGCCGAAGGACCUAAUCAAACGUUGGAAUACCAACAACAACACACUCGAGGGUGCUCUUCUCGAUGCCAUAGACGCCUACCUCGGGCUGCAAGAAGAGCUCCGCAAAGACCUCGUCUUCUUGGCGAAGUUAACGGAGAAGCUAAUGUCUACGGCUCUGCUUCAUGACCCGAAUGCGCUCAUCAACUACAUCGACACGCUAAUCAAGACUGCACGUGCGCAGGGGGCCCCUCCAGAGCAGUUGAAUCAACUAACCACGGCCAAGAACACGCUGCUCCUAGAGCGCGCAGUCAUGAAUCGAGGAGCCGAGGCGACGCUUGAGUCGGGGACACUGCUUCAUGUUCUCGGCAUAGUAUACGGGGAGAUGCGGCGCCGGAUGGAGCUCGAGUCGCUCGAGCGUGCAAAAGAGGAAGAGAAGCCAUGCGACCUGUACAAUCGACUUCAUGAGAAACUUCCUGCGUUGAUCCAGAAAAAUGCCCCCAAACCACUGAAGGAGAAGAGUAGGUGGAGUUUGACCAAGGGCGCGAGCUAUGGCGACAAUUUGAAAGCGGUCGUUGAACUAGUUCAGGUCGUGCUGAGAGAUGGUGGCGUAGUGGCUGCGCUUGUUACAUCUACCAAGUGAUUUAUUCCUUUGCUUUUUGGUUUCUCGUUUUGACGAUUGGCGAUACAGAGAAUAUAGAAGAAUGUGUCAAGAGAAAGAAGAAGACUAAACAUGUGGAAGUUAGGUAAUGUGUACUACGCAGAUGGAGGGGUAGUAACUGAUUAGUCAUGAAACCAACAAGGUUUUGUACGACGGAAGAACUACGUAAUAUUUUAGCCGUUUAAUACUGAUAAACCAAUAUCUUUUAUUAAGAUAUAAUAU